UUAAGUGAGGCUGCGGCUCCAUCUAGCGGUGAAACCCGGAACUGCACCUCCUGUGGAAAACAUUCAACAUGGCUGCUCGCGUGCAGACGGCUCUCCGGUAGCCGGAAGAAGCUUCAAACCAUGAAGGAACUGAGACAGCAUGGAUUCAAAGGAAAUCGUCCACUAUGCUCUUCAGAUCCAGAAACUGAAUGUCGACAGAAGCUACGGCGACAUGGUGACCCUCCUCGGUGACCUCGACCGGGUCCAGGUCACUGCGGAGCAGCUGGAGGCCACAGACCUGGCCUCGGUGCUUUACGGCAUCCUGAAGACCUGCUCGGACCAGAGCGUGAAGAAGGCGGCCAGGGGUUUGCUGUCAAAGUGGAAGAGGGAGUUCAAGAAGAAGGAGGCGGAGGAGAGAGGAGGCCCAGCACCGCCCUCUGAACCCACCGUGAGGAGUAAAUGCGUGCAGCUCCUCCUCGCCGCCCUGCAGCCCGAACCUCCCGACGGAGCCGGGGCGGCCGAGCUGGCCGGAGCCAUCGAGCAGCAUGUGCACCAGCUCCACGCUCACAGCCAGGCCAAGUACAAAGCCUGCAUGAGGAGCAAGGUGGCCAACCUGAGGAACCCCAAGAGCGCCCACCUCCGCCGGGGCCUCCUGGCCGGCACGCUGUCCGCCGACGCCUUCGCCCGAAUGUCCGCGGAGGAGAUGGCGGGCGCAGAGCUCCGGCGGCUGAGGGAGGAGUACUCGUCCCGGGGCGUGAGCGAGCGGCAGCUUCCCCGGGGCGUUGAAGGGACGCCCACCGAGAAGAUCCGCUGCAAGAGGUGCGGCGGGUCCCAGUGCACGGUGACGCACCUGUCCCGGGGGGCCCUCUUCCUGCCCGCCUGGGUGAGACGGGGCGGCCCUGACGAGGAUGCCAUGACCUUUGUGACCUGCAGCGGGUGCGGGCAGCAGUGGUACCACAGCGGCUGGAUCUGCCUCUGAAGCCCGGCUGUCCGGUCAGAGGACUCCUGAACGGGACACGCUCCUUUAAUGAGUGCUUUAAAAAGGUUUAGAUGCUGUCCGCGUCCUAAAAAACACUAACUGAAUCAUUUCCACUGACUCGUUGACGUAUCGACCUUCAGAAAGAGGCCCAAGGACACCGGCCCGAAAAGUGCUGAGUCAUCUUCUUCCAGCCGCAGCCUCGUCAUCUUCUCUGAAUCAUUUCCUGCUUCCUGUCCUCUUUCAUAGUUCAAAUCUGUUUAUCAUUAAUAUUAUUAUUAUUAAAUUAUCUUGUUCCAGUAAGGAAACUCCACAUCUGUUACACGUGGUCAUGCUCCUUCUUUAUCACAAGAAGUUUUAUCUAUCUUUUAUCUAAUCUAAUUGUGAGCUUAACAUCCUCUUUCACAUCUUCAAAUCUUUCACGUCUUUCAAAACUCAUGAUCUGACAGCUUUGAUUUUUCAUAUUUCCCUUAUUUUCAUGUGUUUUAUUGCACUUGUGACUUGUUUUGACUUUGUUUGAACUCACUUGUGAAGCCGUCUGUAGCCCACAGUUUGUGAAAAGUGCUGGAAAAUAAAAUUCUCAGCCCACUUUAUACCUUUCCUCGGCACGAAGUACCACACCCCUCACAUGUGAUUACCCCGACCCCCCGACCCCUGUGCCUGUAAAUACUCUGGAUCUGCCCCUUUCCGCCUCCAGAUGCAUGUAAUCAGAGUAACUUCGGGUAUGAAAGUCACCUGAAUUCCUCUGACAAUAUCUCAUUCAUCG